UAAAAUACAUAAACUUUUUUUAAAGACAUUAAUAAUGUAUUGUAAAAAGUGCUAGUGUCAUAAAAAAUUCAAAAACAAAUCGAGAGAAAUAAUUUUAAAUUCGCCAAAUAAAAAUAAAUCAAAUUUCAAACUCAUCAUGUCAAAGCUAAAAUUCUAACCUAUAUAUUUAAAUCAACAAAGAGAUUGUUUAUGCAAUUAAAAAUGAUUUGUUAAUUAAUUUACUCCACGAUAUAUGUAUCAUAUAUUUACUGAAAGUCAGCGACUGAUUAUUUUAAUUUCACGAUAUAAAAUUUAUAAUUAAAAUGAAAGACUCAACAGCAAAUUCUUCAGAAGUAGAAAAUAAAUCCGUUCAAGGAAAUGGGGAGACAUCACCUAACAUAGAACCUGGUGCUAAGGAAAAAUUGAGGUCAUGGUUAAAUCGAUAUUUACGAGUAAAAAUAACAGAUGGUCGUGUAUUAACAGGAGCAUUUUUAUGUACUGACAGAGAUGCUAAUAUAAUUCUUGGUUCUUGCGAGGAAUUUCUCCCAGAAGAACACACAGAACCACGAGCACUUGGUUUAGUUAUGGUACCACGUCGUCAUAUUGUCUCUAUUCAUAUAGACGAUUGGUACAGUGAAGAUGCAUUAUCAUCAAAGAAACAAUGUUCUUCCAUUAGCGAAUAGAUUAGAUUAGACUUUUUUUCUUUUAUUUUACUAUUGUCAUUUAUUAAAAUCAUUAUUUUUUAUUAAACAACAAAUAUUAUAUUGUCUAGUCUAGAUGUGUUGGUACAAGACAUCAGUUUUGUCUGACCAAAAGAAAAUAUUCAACAAUCUCAGCUGAAAAAUAAUUAAAUUCAAAUUACAAAUUAAGUAUAUGAAGAGAUUAAUUAUUUACUCACCUUUUUUUGAUACAUUCUUCUUGUAAACUGUAAUACUCUUUUUCUAAUAAUUUAUUGUCACGGAUUUCGCGAUCUUUGUUUUUGAGAGCAUCAUCCAUUCUUUCGCAAAGAGUCAUUGCCAAAUUAUCCAUUCCUGCUGAAUGACUGACAACUGACACCGCUUCAACCAUCCUUUGGAUAUAGUCCAUGUGUAUUAUUAAAUCCUAUUAAUUUAUUGGAUAAUUAAAUUAUUAUCGAAAUCAAUUUACAAAAAUUUGAAAAAUUAAAUAAACACCUGAAAGUUUCAUCAAAUAUAUUUUAAUUUUAUCAGCAAAUGAUAAAAAUUGUUCAUGUAAAAUAUAAUUAAUAAAACGUCCAACAUUUAAUGACAAUUUAAAAUUUGUAUAUGAUGCUGAAAGUAGCAGUCAUUAAAAAAUUUAUUUUCAAUAAAAAAAAGUCGAUACUGACAAGCAAAAAUUUUAAAAAAUGCAUGUGAAAAAUUUGGAGAAAUUUUCUUGUGGAUAUUUUUUAAAAAAUUUGUAGACGAUAAUUAACUUAGCAAUUAAAAACAAUAAAAUUGUUAGAUGUCGGCUACUUUCAGUAUCAUAUUUUUAUUUGAUUGCUCCAAUAGGAAUUAAAUAUCCACAUUUAAAUUCUUACUGUUAAUAUUUUUUUCUUGGUAUCAACUUCUGAUCGGGCAGCAAUUAUUAAAUCGUGAUGUUCAUCAGUUACUUCAUAAAUUAGAGUAUCUUCCAUAAGACUCAUUAAUUGUGAUAAUAAUAAUCUAUAGACAUAAAUUAUUAUUCAAUAAAUAAUCAAAAUAGUUUUUUUUAAGGGCAUUCUCAGACAGUGUCUCCUGCUUUUUAAAGUAGAAUUUUAAAAAAAUUACUUACAGUUGUCAAUAAAUUUUACCCUACCAAAUUUAAAAACUGACGAAGAUUUUAGUGAAAUUUAUUUUCCAAAUUUCGUUUAACUCCCAAUUUAUUGGUAUCAACUGUAAGUAAUUUUUUUUUUAAAUCUAUCUCAGCAAAAUUGCAACUGUGUUGUCCUUUUUAAAAUUAAUGUUUUAAUUGAUUGGUAAAAUUUUGAUACGAUUAUGAAAUUCGGAGUUGAAAAGACAGUAAAGUUAGCGGGCAUCUGACAAUUUUAAAAACUUUGAAAUAAUAAAAUAGAAUGUUCAUAAAAUAAAAAUAAAAAAAAUUUACAUUUAGACAA